AUGGGUGCAUCAGGCUUAGGUUCUGGUUUCGCAAAUUGCAUUAAUCUCUCAAAUUUGACACUUAACCUUGCUUACAAUUAAAUUGGUGCAAUGGGUGCAUCAGGCUUAGGUUCUGGUUUAGCAAAUUGCAUUAAUCUCUCAAAUUUGACACUUUACCUUCAUUCGAAUAGAAUUGGUGAUAUGGGUGCAUCAGGCUUAGGUUCUGGUUUAGCAAAUUGCAUUAAUCUCUCAAAUUUGACACUUUACCUUGAAAGGAAUGAAAUUGGUGAUGAAGGUGCAUCAGGCUUAGGUUCUGGUUUAGCAAAUUGCAUUAAUCUCUCAAAUUUGACACUUAACCUUCGGUAAAAACAGUUUAUUUGUUUUGGAUUGUGA